CCCCAAACAACUUCUCUCCUUUUAAACGAAAAAGUUUCACUCCUUAAUUUUAAUUCAUACCACCCCAUCAAACACAAACAGAGAUAAUCAAAUCUCAGACGAACACGAUAGAUCUAUCGAUCCAUGGAUGUGCCGACCUCAUGGGAUGCCCUACGCAAACAGGCAAGAAAACUUGAAGCUCAGUUGGAUGAGCAGAUGAAUUCGUAUCGUAAGGUUGUUUCCUCCAAGGCUUCGGUGAAAGUUGAUGCUGCUGAAAAUGAUCUUGAAUCUGGGAUAGACAGACUACUAAAACAGCUCCAGCAAGUAAACAUGCAAAUGAAGGACUGGGUAUCAUCUGGGGGAUCUGAAAUGGUUUCUCACACCUUGACACGGCAUCAAGAAAUUCUUCAAGAUCUCACUCAGGAGUUCCAUCGGCUCCGCUCUAGCCUUAGAGCUAAGCAAGAACAUGCUUCACUUCUUGAGGAUUUUAGGGAGUUUGAUAGGACACGAUUAGACUUGGAAGAUGGUGUUGGUUCUACUGAGCAAGCUCUUCUUAGGGAGCAUGCCGCCAUUAACCGGAGUACGGGACAGAUGGAUAAUGUGAUUUCUCAAGCUCAAGCAACACUUGGUACUCUUGUCCUUCAACGUUCUACUUUUGGUGGCAUCAAUUCAAAGCUGAGCAAUGUCGGCAGCCGCCUACCAUCCGUAUGAAAUUUUCCUGUCAACUAUACUUCUUUACUUCUCUUUCAGCUUACCUACUUUUAUGGUUACUCAUUUUUGCUGGCUUUUCUUUGCCUGUACUUUAUGUUUCAACCAAUACACUGUCUUGGCACAAUGAUGCAGGUAAAUCAUAUUCUGUCAGCAAUAAAGAGGAAAAAGUCCAUGGAUACCAUCAUCCUAUCCCUAGUUGCAUCUGUAUGCACAUUUCUCAUCUUUAUCUACUGGUUGACCAAGUGAAGAUGUAGUGGUUUUGGGGAAAGGCUGCCACCUCGUUUCUGGGGUUCAGGGCUAUUGUUUUGCUUUGUAAUGGUGGGUAGUGCGUUUAUAUUUCUUCAUUUGUGUAACAAUAUGGAAUGCCUACUAGUAAAAGGUACACACAGUAUUAAUAUACUCAUAUUCUUGUAUCAUCAAUGUUUAAACUGGAAAGUUGCAAAUAAAAGAGAUUGUUUCCA